AAACCCUUUGUAAAACCCCUUCAUCUUUCCAGCCCACACAAACCCCUGAGCUUUCAAUCGUACAACCCGGUACCACUCACCUACAACAUGUCCGCCGCCGCCGGAAUUGGAACCUACGAAGAUUUCGUAAAGGUCCAUGGCGUCCUCCUGGUGGCGUCUGGCCUGCCACAGUCACUGCAUCAGAAGCUCUUCCAGAAGCUCACGGCUGAGGCUUUUGAUGGCGGGAAUUAUUUCCAGGUGGAGCCCGUGGAGGACGGCAGGCAGAGGAGGCUUGUUCUCACUGCGGAUUUUCUCGGCAAAGAUUCUGAUGUUUUUCUAGUUGACCAUGCCUGGACUUUUCGACUUCCAGAUGCUUACAAGCAGUUGCAGGAGGUUCCAGGCUUGGUAGAAAGGAUGGCGUCAUUAAUGUGUGUGGAUGCUGAUUUGACUUCGGAUGCUGAGGAGACAGGUGAUGAAGAUGAUACUAAAUUAAGUGCUGCAGAGAUAGUUGAGAGAGAAUUCUGUAAAGUUAAAGAAGAAGGGAUUCAUUCUGUGAGGUGGUUGGAGCUUGAAGAUCUUGAAAUUGAUGAUGCUGUGCUAGUUUCCCUUGAUUUGCCCAGUAAAUUUCCUCAUUUGAUCGCACUAAGCCUCCGUGGCAACAAGCUCAACAACUCAGAAAAUGUGGUAAAGGUGGUAGCUCAAUUCAAAUCUCUUAGAGCUCUAUGGCUGAACUAUAACCCAAUGCUGCAAAUUGGUGAUAAUUACUUGGAAGAUGCUAUUCUACUAAACUGUCCUGAAUUGGAAAUCUACAACUCCUGUUUUACCCCUAAGUAUGGCAAGUGGGCCUUAGGAUUCUGUGGAGGAUUAUAUGAGAAAGACAAUCCUGGAGGUUCUCAUGAAAGUGAUCACCUAUUGCAGAGUGUUGCAUCUCUCGAUCUUUCAAAUAGGAGUAUUCGUAAUCUUAUCACGAAGGCGUUUUCUCCUUCUGAAUUGCCUAUGCUUUCAUACUUGAAUCUUCGUGGAAAUCCAUUGAAUGAAAACUCAAGUGGUGAACUGCUAAAAUAUCUUAGAGGAUUCAUCAACUUAACUGCACUGGAGGUGGAUAUUCCUGGACCUCUUGGAGACAAUGCUGUUGAUAUCAUUGAAGCUCUACCUACCCUCUCUCUGUUGAACGGGCUUAGUACUUCAAAAAUCUUGGUUGCAGAGAAGAGCAUAGUUGAUUCAAUGUUAAAACCUCGUCUCCCUGAGCUGAAUGCUGGAGAAUCUCUCACAGAUCGUGUUAUCAGUGCUAUGUGGUUGUACUUAAUGACAUAUCGGCUUGCGGAUGAAGAGAAGAUAGAUGAAACCUCUGUUUGGUAUGUGAUGGAUGAACUAGGUUCAGCUUUGCGGCACAGUGAUGAAGCCAAUUUCAGAGUUUCACCUUUUCUCUACAUGCCAGAUGGCAAACUAGAGUCAGCUGUGAGUUACUCCAUUCUUUGGCCUACAAAGAAUGUCCAAAGAGGUGAUGAGUGCACCCGGGAUUACCUGUUUGGCAUUGGGGAGGACAGACAACGAUCUGCUAGGCUUACUGCCUGGUUCCACACCCCUCAAAAUUAUUUUGUUAAAGAGCAUGAAAAAUACAGCAUGAAAUUGCAGUCAAGAAAGUUUUCUCCACCGCCUGUGAUGCCAUCUGUUACCAAUAGCCUGCUUCAUAAUAAUGAAAGUGUGUUGCAUGUUUACACUGAUAUACCGCAAGUGGAGGAGCUUUUGACACGCCCAGAAUUUGUAAUCACAACUGAACCAAAGAAUGCAAAAAUAAUAUGGACCAGUGUGCAAGUGGAUGAGGAGAUGAAGAAGGAAGUUGGACUGAAUGAUCAGCAAUACAUAAAUCAAUUUCCUUUUGAGGCUUGCCUUGUGAUGAAACAUCAUUUAGCUGAAACUGUUCAGAAGGCACAUGGUGCUCCCAAGUGGCUCCAGCCAACCUACAAUCUUGAAACACAUCUCACUCAACUUAUAGGAGACUAUUACACACGUGAAAAGGAUGGAGUUGACAACUUGUGGAUCUUAAAACCAUGGAACAUGGCGAGAACUAUCGAUACUACUGUUACUCAAAGUUUAUCAGCAAUCAUCCGUCUCAUGGAGACUGGUCCAAAGAUAUGUCAGAAGUAUAUUGAACACCCUGCCUUAUUUAGAGGGAGAAAGUUUGAUCUCCGUUACAUUGUUUUGGUUCGCAGCAUGAGACCAUUAGAGAUAUUCCUUGCAGAUAUUUUCUGGGUUAGAUUGGCCAACAACACUUACUCUUUGGAGAAACAUAGUUUUUUCGAAUACGAGACACAUUUCACAGUUAUGAAUUACAGGGGAAGAUUAAAUCACAUGCACACAGCUGAGUUUGUUAAGGAAUUUGAGCAAGAACAUCAGGUUCAAUGGAUGGAUAUCCAUCUGAGAAUUAAACAGAUGAUCAGAUCUGUUUUUGAGGCAGCUGCCACAGUGCAUCCGGAAAUGCAUAGUCCAAUGUCUAGAGCCAUGUAUGGUGUUGAUGUCAUGCUUGACUGCCAUUAUCAGCCUAAAUUAUUGGAGAUAACAUAUUGCCCUGACUGUACUCGUGCAUGCAAAUAUGAUACCGAGGCCAUUACUGGGGGAGGCGGCAUUGUCAAAGGAAGUGACUUUUACAACUAUGUAUUUGGUUGUCUCUUCUUAAAUGAGACCACUCAUGUAUCCCCAUUAUAAUUGAACUAUAGUGACAGGUUGUUUGUGAUGAUUUUGCAAACGUGAACUGGGAAAGAUAAUGUUCAAUGACAUACUUCUGUUUGUCUUUGCUUGGGUUUCGUACAGUUAUGCACGAUUUCAAUGUUUCA